AUGUUAUUCAGUAGAGUACCCUCCACUCCAUGUUAUUCAGUACAGUAUCCUCCAUGUUAUUCAGUACAGUAUCCUCCAUGUUAUUCAGUACAGUAUCCAUGUUAUUCAGUACAGUACCCUCCAUGUUAUUCAGUACAGUAUCCUCCAUGUUAUUCAGUACAGUAUCCAUGUUAUUCAGUACAGUAUCCUCCAUGUUAUUCAGUACAGUAUCCUGUUAUUCAGUACAGUAUCCAUGUUAUUCAGUACAGUACCCUCCACGUUAUUCAGUACAGUACCCUCCACGUUAUUCAGUACAGUAUCCAUGUUAUUCAGUACAGUAUCCAUGUUAUUCAGUACAGUAUCCAUGUUAUUCAGUACAGUAUCCUCCAUGUUAUUCAGUACAGUACCCUCCAUGUUAUUCAGUACAGUACCCUCCAUGUUAUUCAGUACAGUAUCCUCCAUGUUAUUCAGUACAGUAUCCAUGUUAUUCAGUACAGUAUCCAUGUUAUUCAGUACAGUACCCUCCAUGUUAUUCAGUACAGUAUCCUCCAUGUUAUUCAGUACAGUAUCCAUGUUAUUCAGUACAGUAUCCAUGUUAUUCAGUACAGUAUCCAUGUUAUUCAGUACAGUAUCCUCCAUGUUAUUCAGUACAGUAUCCAUGUUAUUCAGUACAGUAUCCAUGUUAUUCAGUACAGUAUCCAUGUUAUUCAGUACAGUAUCCUCCAUGUUAUUCAGUACAGUAUCCUCCAUGUUAUUCAGUACAGUAUCCAUGUUAUUCAGUACAGUAUCCAUGUUAUUCAGUACAGUAUCCAUGUUAUUCAGUACAGUAUCCAUGUUAUUCAGUACAGUAUCCAUGUUAUUCAGUACAGUAUCCAUGUUAUUCAGUACAGUAUCCAUGUUAUUCAGUACAGUAUCCUCCAUGUUAUUCAGUACAGUAUCCAUGUUAUUCAGUACAGUAUCCUCCAUGUUAUUCAGUACAGUAUCCAUGUUAUUCAGUACAGUACCCUCCAUGUUAUGAUUCUAGCAUGUAGUAUGUAGUAUGUAUAUUUCUAGACAUGUAAGGAUGGUCACUGCCUCUAUUUUAACAUAAAUAAUGUACUUUAAUAAAUAAUUGUUGUACACAAAAAAAAA